AUGUUCUCAUCCAACAUACAAGAAUCAUUGUCAUCUUUUCCAAAUGAUGAUAAUGAUGACCAUGAAAUUACAACACCAUUAUCAAAUAAUAAUAAUAUACUAGUUGAAUAUGAUAAUAAUAGUAAUCAAUGUAAUCAAUGUAAUCAUCAUAUUUCCAUGUAUAUUCUCUAUGAAAUUUGUUUAUUUCUCAAUGUUCAUGAUAUUUAUCGGUUAAUGAUUUGUCAAGUUGAUUGGUUUAAUUAUUUACAUGACUAUAAUAGGGAAAAUAUAUUUCUAAAAUUGGUAGAAUGUAGAUUUGUUAGAUUUUUAUCACAUUCUAGAAUUUCAUUUAUGAAAAAGUUUGCAAAUGGAAAGGAAUUAAAUUUGAUUAAUUUAAAAGAUUCCAAAUAUGGAAUUAUUUCAAAUAAGGAGGAUUUGAAAGUUUGUCUAAGAUUUAUGAUGAGAUUUAAUUAUAUUGAUUUAAUUAUUGAAAAUAGAAAUGUUGGAGUUUCAGAUUUUUUACUAUAUGCAACUUGUAAUUCCAAAUAUGGAAUUAUUAACAAAAUAUGUGAAGAUGUAAUUGAUGAUAAACAAUUAUAUUUAAUACAUGGAUAUAAUGAUAAUAAUUCAAUUUCAAUUUUAGAUAUAAAACCAAUGGAUAUUACCAAAAAUAGAAAGUUACAAAUUUCACAUGAUCGUGAUUUUGAUUUUUCAAAUUCUUUUAAAAAAUCAAGAAAGGAAAAGUUUAGACAAGUAUUUAGUUCUCUAAUUUAUAAUUAUAAUAUUAAAAAGAGUACAUAUUUACCUUUAGAUUUAAUUAUUGAACAAGAAUUAAUAAUUCCAAAAAAGGAAUUAGUAAUUAAUGUUCCAAAAUUAUCAUUUUUUGAUAUUGGAGAUGAUUCUUUGGAAUAUUUUUCAGAUUUACCAUGUGAUAAAUGUAAUUCCAAAUUUAGUAUUACCUAUUGUUGA